AUGUUUUCUAGUUUGGGCCUGGCCUUUUCGGAGGCCCAAGGCCAGCCCUUCAGUAGGACACCCUACCCUAACAGCCCCUCACAGUUUCACUUCAUCUCUGUUUCAGAAAGGCAGCCUUCCCCUCUCAACUUCUCUAAGAAAAGCAGGAGCUCUGCUAGGGCAAAGUCCGUUUCCCCUCAAAGUGAAUCGAACCGCUUCCUUUUCCUUAUAGCUGCUCCGUUCUCUCUUUGUGUGCCCUUUUUCCCUCAGCUCCGUUUACUCGAGAUGGGAAUACUUCUGGAGGUAGGCCUGAUGGUGGUAGCAGUGCAGCCUAGUGGGCCCGUUGAGGUGGCUUUCGAAGAAGCUCCAUGGCCCUAGUGCCUUGUAAUACCAUGCUCUUAGAGCAUUUCUUUUGCCCAACUGUUAAACUUUAGAUUUGUUUCUGUUUAUGGUAUGGUGGCAUGCCUAAAUC